CGGUGCUGUGUACGUGUGUGUAUACAACGUACGUACACAGUUUAUUUAUUUCUAUUAUUCCAUUACUCAUCAGCCGGAGGCCAGACCGCGACAUAGCGGUUCUUCGAAUACUUCGUUUUGAGCUAGAACCAUUUCUAUUUCUGAUCCAUCAUGGCGCCGUUGGUGCUCGAGGGCGCCACAUUAGGUAAGCGUCAUCAGCAUUACAAUAAACUUUUGAAGGAUGUCACUGCCACCAGCGCUAAGCCAGCUAAAAUUGACUACAACAAGACUGACAUAGAAAAUCUGUUGAACAUUGACCUUGCCAGCAACAACCGGGAUUUGGACUAUAUCCUCGAAGUGCUUAAGGGCGAAGAUUUGCUGUACGUAUCAAGAGCCAUAAAACGCUCGACCUGGUUAUUCACUGAUGAUCAGUACGCGCAUAUAAUAGAACCUGAGUAUCUACACUCCCAAUUGUUCCCCCAAAUGAUGCCUAAAGCAAGUUGUAAAUUACUACACCACAUAAGGAUUAGUUUGAAAAACGAAUUGAUUGUGGAAAAGUUUUAUCAUUAUUUCAAAGAUAAAAAUCUAAAAACAGCCAUCAAAUGGUUACCAAACUGUCCCAUAGAUUUAGUAAAAGAAGCUGUGAAAAACCACCACGUGGAAAUAUCGCCUGAAAUAUUUGGACGACUGUGCAGAAGGUCGCCUACAAUACUUGAAAUAUUCCUAGAGUCAACCGGUGACCACUACAAAACUGAGCAUUUAAAAAAAGCGAUGUUUCUUUUGAAUACCCAUACGGAUCUAUAUCUAGAUGCAUUAGAUAAAAUUGAGAGAUAUGGUAUGCCCAACAUGGGCAAAAAACAUACAGAAAUCAUUAUGAAAAAAUGUUAUCAAAGAAUUAUUAAUAACUUUGCAAAAUAUAUCUACUGUAUCAACGUCGACACUUUUGCCAAAAGUCUAAAGAAAGAAGAUAUACAACCGUUCUUACGUACUCAACUUCAAAAUAAAAAUUAAAACGUUGGUUUAAUCAAGAUAAGCUCGGCAUCUUUAUCAAAUACAUGCCGAAAAAGGAGAAAUCUGAAUUUAUGAAGCAAUGCAUUGACAGGACGGUGACAAACACCGAUGAUGAAGAUUGUAUAGUACGACAAUGUUCAGCUGUAGCAAUGAAAUGCCGCGGUCGUGGCGGUAUUGGCGGAGCGAAUACGUAUGGCUGGUACAAACAUGCUCCAUUUGAUGUCGCAUUCCCCGAAUUAAAGAAGCUGAUACGCGCUGAAUCUAACCCUGAUGAAAGAAACGCAAUGUUGAUGAUUUUGGUAGAAAAUGCUAGAAAAAAUUUAACGCACAUCCAAAAUGUACUGCAGUACUAUCAAGAAAGACACAUUAACGAACCUUUCCGGUUCAAAGUACAGUUCAUUAAUGAAUUACUGUAUAAAACAAGUCCACACCUUUACAGUGAGAAUAUCUGGAGCAUUCUUGAUGAACUUUUCCGUAGUAUGGAAGUAUACAUUGAGUCUGAAAAUAAUGUUCAAACGUGUAUUAAAGCUAUAAUAGCAUAUAAAGUCACUCAUGAUCAGGCUAUACCUGCCAUUAUAGAACAAAAAUUCACCUUCGACUUUUUGAAAAGUUUCGAAAAGAAAUUAAAAGGCGAACAAAGGGAAAAAGUCUUCAACUACUUGUUUAAUCUGUUGCUCACUAAAUUGGAUAAACUUGUGAUUUCUCACCAAACAGAGUUCGGAGAAUAUGUCGACUUGUUAAAACAAGGUCUUGAUCUAUUGGAUGUAUGGAAAAAAGACCUCCGUAAUUACCCGAUACUAAUAAACAAAAUCAGAGAUUGUGUUAAGAUUAAGAAAGAAAAAGGAUGGGCUACACCUUUAAUGUCUUUGUAUGAAAUCAAAAAGUCUUGGAAGAGAUAUAUAUUUGACGAAUCCCUUGCUUUAUCUCCAACUGAAGUAGUAUGCAUGAACGCAUUAAAACACGAUCCUGAAAUGUUAAUAAAACACAAGGAUGAACUAGAUACGCUGCGUUACAGUGACUCCACAUCUAUAGAAAAAGUGUUACGGAAAUUACGGAUCUACUGGCCACAGACCUUAGCCAGUGAAUGGACGAUGGCUUACCGUGAGCGACUUGAUAGACCCGGAGGACACAAAGCGCUUGUUCGUGGCCUCUAUUGUUUGCUUAAUCAGCAACAGGUAUUGGAAUUCCUGAAAAAAUACGAACCCCAGGAUACUAAAAUAAAUUGGGCUGAUACAGACGAGUUCCAGUUGAGCUUACGCAAGAACAUCGCACAAAAUAUGCAUACUGCUCGGCCGCAAGUCUCACAUGAUGCAGUUUUGAUGUAUGCGAAAGGUGACUAUGUGCAAUUUACUCAACCUGCCUUGAAUUCCAUCUUGUACAACUUGCGGUCCAGUCACAGCCGCGAUGUCGUGCUAAAGCUUCUAAAUGGUAUAGUAACACUACAGAAACAUGGUAUACGUCUGGCGUUUUCCAAGCUAUCAACUUCUGAUAUGAAAAAAAUAUUUGGAGACGUUUGGAAAACAACCAAAAACUCUUCUGUUCGCGCAGUUCUCUUCCAGACUAUCAAUGAGAUGUUAUGUAAGGAAAAUGAUGUGACAUUAAUCGCAGAGGUGUGGGAAUUGACGCAGACCUUUAUUGAUAGCUUGUCAGCAGAAGAAGACAAGGCUAUAUAUAACACUUUCAGUAAAGUAGCUAAAGUGCAUAGCAGCAUUAAAGCUGCCUAUUGCACGAAAAGUUACAAAUUUCUGAAAACUCUUCCAUCGAAAGUGGAUUGCGAUAAGACCUUGCGAAAAAUAAAAGAAGAAAUAAGUAAUGUAAUUGAAGAAAUUGAUCCCGAACUUAUAGCGAACAUUAUAGAAGAAUUCACAGACGAUGUUCUUCUUAAGAAAAGUUACGGAUAUCAAAACAGGCAUGACAUGAAAAUACUAACCACAUAUUUAUUAUGUGCGGUUGACGAAUGCGAUCAAACUACGAGAUUUAAUAAAGUGAUCGUUCCUUUAAUGGAAAAGUGUCUGCCAUCAUGGAAUAAAGUUGAAGAUAAUCAAUUAAUAGUGAAACUUAACUUCGGAGAAAUAAUUGAACAUCUAAAUCAGACGACAGAUUAUGCAAUUUUCAAGAACAAAGUAAACCCACGUCCUUUGUAUCGUAAUAUACUGAAAAAACUCGAGAGCACACUUCCAGCUGCUCAGGACAUCAUAUUGUUCCAACAUUUGAAACUAUCUUCGGCAUUUGUAGAUCUAUUAUACAAAAACAAGCCUGAUUCAGUCACCGAGAAAUCCCAACUGAAUGAUUUAUAUUUGGCAAGCAUAGAAGACCUGUCAAAAAUAAUAAUCCAGUAUCUUAAGGAAGAUGUAGCCAAGUAUGAUACAUUAAUAUACCGCCCAUUCGCAAAAGCGCUAAGACGCGUGCUUGACUGUUUCGAUGUAGAUGGAUUGACAAGACUAAAACUGUUAAUACAAAUGAUGGCUGAAAAAGAUUUUAUUCCGAUUUAUUUGGUGGCUAUAAAGAUGGUUCCAACUUACAUCGACGAUGAAAAUAAACCAUCUGCUAAAGAAAUUCGGGACUUGCUCGAAUCGCACCCGUCUCAAGGAGUACAAAUAAAUUACCACAUGAAAUUUGGCAGUUAUCCGUUGGCUGUUCCUGAGAAUAAAUAAUUUCUCGACAUUAAGAAACAACAUAUUUAUAGCAUUUUAUGAAACUUUUACUUUUCUUAGAGCAAGUGCCUCACAUAUAUUUUUUUGCCUUUUUUAAAGCUAGUGCCUAUUUUUGUCUUUAUCAUGAUUGCAUUUUUUAAUAUAUAGGUACGACGAGGUUCCCUUGUUACAUCAACAUAUAUUUGUUACUUUAAUUUAUUAAAACUAAAUAAGUCAUCGUGACUUACAGGUUUCAGAUUCAGUAUUCUUUUUUAUAUUUUCUACAUACAAUCAUACAUACAUACAAUCACGCCUGUAUCCCGUGAAGGGGUAGGCAGA